AUGCGAGUCAAUCAUGACGAGAAAGAGUUCUCUGAGUGGCUUCUCAAGGUCGGGGAAGGUCGUCCAGAAUCAGGACAAGAAGAUGAGGAUGAUGGCUACCAUGACCAAAUGAUAACCGUCGACAACUCAUUGGUACAAGAGACUAAGGACGAGUCAUUAAAACAAGUUGUCGAUGCUGCGUAUGGUGAUGUCAACCAAUUAGAGGCCUCCCAGAGUUCCUACACUGAUAAAGCUAUACUUACACCCCGAAAUGAUACAGUAGAUGAAAUUAAUGCAUAUACAAUCUCCAAAACCGGCGGGGAGGCAAAAGACUACUACAGUAACGAUAGCUUUGAGGUUUCAGAGACUCAAUCUAACCAAAAUGAUACAUUAUACGCCAUUGAGUAUCUCAAUUCCAUGGAGUUUCCAGGCUUGCCAUCCCAUAAACUCACUCUCAAAGUUGGGGCCCUGAUUAUGCUUCUGCGAAACAUAAAUCAAACAAAAGGAUUAUGUAAUGGUAAUCGUAUGAUCCUGACCCACAUAGGCGAAAGAGUGCUUAAGGCAGAUAUAAUUACUGGCUCACACAUUGGAAAAGAAGUUUUGAUCCCAAGAAUUAUCCUCUUGCAUGGGGAUACAAAGCUACCGUUCACUUUACGUCGACGAGAAUUUCCUAUCAGAUUGUGUUAA